GAAACUUUCCUUUCAUUAGAGUGAAUAGCACGAUGGAGAGUCAACAUGACGCAUUUAUGAUUAAUGAGCACGACAUACCUUACGAAGAGGAACUUCUUCGUAAUCCUUAUUCGUUGCGUAGCUGGUUACGGUAUACCGAUCAUAAACGCAAUGGCCCGUUUUCAGAAAUGUGUCUCGUUUUUGAACGUGCACUCAAAGUGCUUCCGGGCUCGUAUAAACUGUGGAAAGCAUAUCUGGACGUACGACGCGAUAAACUAAAAGGCGUCAAUCCUGUCCGAUUCAAGACACAGUAUGAAGCCGUCAACCACUGUUACGAUCGUGCGCUGGUUCUACUCAACAAGAUGCCACGCAUUUGGCUCGAUUAUCUUUCGUUUCUAACGACGCAACCGGCUCUCACACAAACUCGACGAACGUUUGACCGAGCAUUGCGUGCUUUGCCUGUAACGCAGCAUCAACGCAUCUGGGAAUUGUAUCUCGAAUUUGCACAAGCAGCAGGAGGCGAGACGGCGAUCCGUGUUCUUCGUCGCUACCUCAAGCUGGAACCGUCGCACGUGGAAACGUUUGUAGAUCAUUUAAUGAAACUAGAACGCUACGACGAAGCCGCCAAAACGAUGGUAGGCGUGGUCAACGAUACGAAAUUUCAAUCCGUUCGAGGAAAAUCCCACUAUCAAUUGUGGCAAGAACUGUGUGAAUUAAUCGUCGAACAUUGCGAACACAUUACAACCGUGAAAGUGGAACCUAUCAUUCGCAGUGGUAUCAAACGAUUUACCGAUCAAGUCGGUAUGCUCUACUGUCGAUUAUCAAUGUACUGGAUCAAAAUGGGACAAUUAGAAAAGGCACGCGAUAUAUUUGAAGAAGGCAUUACGACGGUGCUAACGGUACGCGACUUUACCGCCAUCUUUGAUGCUUAUGCCGAGUUUGAAGAAGAAAUGAUUACAACCAAGAUGGAAUUAGCGGCGGAACGGGAAGCUGCGGGAGAAAAGGAUGAAGACGAGGAUUUGGAACUGGAUUUACGUCUGUUGCGUUUCGAACGACUGAUGGAUCGCCGUCCGUUUUUGGUCAACGAUGUCUUGUUGCGACAGAAUCCAAACAACGUGCUGGAGUGGGAGAAACGGGUGGCGCUAUGGAAGAAUAACAAGGAAAAGGUCGUCGAAACAUACACACAAGCUGUGCAAACCGUCAAUCCGAAAAAAGCUCACGGCAAAUUCCACGAAUUAUGGGUACACUUUGCCAAGUUUUACGAAGAUGGCGAGGAUCUCGAUUCGGCUCGUGCGAUUUUCGAAAAGGCAGUCAAGGUGAAUUACAAGUCGGUCAACGAUCUCGCCGAUGUGUGGUGUGAAUAUGCAGAAAUGGAAACGCGCCAUGAUGACUUUGAUCGCGCUUUGGACGUGAUGGGUCGCGCUACAGCGACACCUCGUGUUCCCGGCGUGAACCCGAAACAGAUCAACUUUCACGACGAAUCUAUACCCGUGCAGCAGCGUGUGUUCAAAAGUCUUCGUUUGUGGAGUUUCUACAUUGAUUUGGAAGAAAGUGUGGGGACCAUCGAAAGCGCCAAAGCCGUGUAUGAUAAAGUCAUGGAUCUCCGUAUCGCCAAUCCUCAAAUCAUUGUCAACUAUGCCACUUUUCUUCACGAACACCAAUACUUUGAAGAAUCCUUCAAGGUAUACGAACGUGGUAUUGAAUUGUUCGGAUGGCCCAUUGCCUUUGAAUUAUGGAACAUUUACCUCGAACGUUUCCUCAAACGCUACGGGGGUUCAAAAUUGGAGCGUGCCAGAGAUCUGUUCGAGCAAGCGUUGGAUAAAUGUCCACCAAAGUAUGCUAAACCACUGUAUCUUAUGUACGGCAAAUUAGAAGAAGACUACGGUUUAGCUCGACAUGCUAUGAGAAUCUAUAACCGAGCCACCAAAGCCGUGUCUGACGAGGAUCGUAUGGAGAUGUUCCAAUUCUAUAUUGCCAAGGCGACUGCCUCGUUUGGUGUGAUGGCGGCUCGUGAAAUCUACGAGGAUGCGGUGGAGUCGCUUCCGGAUAAGGAUGUGCGAAUCAUGUGUAUAAAAUAUGCAGAAUUGGAGCGAAAAUUGGGCGAAAUCGACCGUGCUCGCGCUAUUUAUGGUUAUGCAUCGCAAUUCUUUGAUCCAAGGGUUCAUCCCGACUUUUGGCAAACAUGGAAGCAAUUCGAAGUCCAGCAUGGCAACGAGGACACCUUUAAAGAAAUGCUUCGUAUUCAACGAAGUGUUCAAGCCCAGUUCGCUAGUACCAUUUAAAUCCAUUUUUUACUUUUUUUAUUCUUUUUCGCUUUGCAAAAGCAUGCCAUUGCAAAUACAUGUACAAAUUUCUUGUUCAAAAAAAAGAGGGGAAGAAAAAAAGAGUUGCAUCAUGGUCCUCCACUGGAUCAAUUCAAAAUCUUAAUUUCCACUCGAUUCUAUAAGCAAAAAAAGCACGGUCAGGCCAUAUUGAUGACAUUUUGCAUUGACUUCCUGCAGUUUCGGCAAGUCCAUACUAAAAAGGGGGUCAACUAAGAAUGUGGUGGUCGGUGGUGUGAUGGUCUUGCUUGGCUUUUUUUUUUCUUCGAUUGGAGAUUGUGCAUUUAUUCAGCUUUUGGACUCGCUGGACCAUUGAUUGGUUU